CUUUCUCGUACAUUCUGUACACUGCACUAGCUCUUUUCCACCUCAAUCACCGAAUCAUAGAAAAAAGGCUCUGAACACAACAAAUGGCGGCGUGGACAGUCGCGUCUCGUCAAGCCUCGAAUCUGGCUCGGCUUUCUAUUCCCAAAUCCACCCAAGCCUCCAGCCUCAUCCCACGGCGUGGUCUCGCCAGCGGCGGCGACCAUCAUGGACCUCCGAAAGUGAAUUUUUGGGAGGAUCCAAUGAGCCCAUCGAAGUGGAAGGAAGAGCACUUUGUGAUUGUCUCUCUCACUGGAUGGGGCUUGCUCUUAUUUGGAGGUUACAAAUUCUUGACAGGAGGCAAAAAAGAGAAGAAAGAAGAGAAAGUUGAAGGGGCUCACUAGUUUGGCUCUGUGAAUACUUCUGGAAUAAUGUUGUUUACUUUGGGCCAUCACACUUUCAGAUUCUAGAUUAGAUUCAGAUUAUGAUCUCUUUGCUAUGCUCUCGUAUCAGAAUGAACGUGUUUCUUUAAAUUGUAUGCUAAGAUCCCAGUAGCAGCCUGACGUUUCCAGGAAUAAAAGAGAUUUAUAUUUUGCUUGUCUAA